GUAGUCUCUAAUGCAUUUCGCUUGUCGGUCGCAAGUACUGUGUACACUGGUGUAACGUAAGAAUUAACAAAAGCCAAGAUGUCUUUUUGCUCGUUUUUUGGCAAAGAAUAUUACAAGGAUCAUUUCAAGACAGGAAUGUACGUCUGCUCCCAGUGUGCACAUCCUUUGUUUAAUAGUAGAUCUAAAUUUGCCCACUCCUCACCAUGGCCUGCCUUCACAGAAACAAUCCGUGAGGACAGUGUGACUAAACACAUGGAGAGUCUCACAGCCUUCAAGGUUCUAUGUGGCAAGUGUGGUAAUGGACUAGGCCAUGAAUUUGUCAAUGAUGGGCCUGAGGAAGGCAUGUCACGCUUCUGAAUAUUCAGCCACUCGCUCAAGUUUGUCCCUAAAGACAAGGUUGACAGACAGUAAAGCGAGGCUGAUGUAUUGCUGUUUUUCCGCACAAGUCUGUGGAAGGGAUGAAUGCCUUAUGAUGUGGAUGGGGAAAAGGUGCAACGUGCCAUCCUGUUCACUGAUGUUUUUGUCUUCAUCUUGAAAGCAGAAAAAAUGCUAUUUUUAAAGAAUUUUAUUUUCAUACAUUUGCCGAGUAGCAUGUUGGAAACAUGUCAUUGUAGGUGAUUACCUCAGACUGAAAUGUCAAUAUGUGUGUAUUUUGUUAGUGAGAUAGUUUAAGCAAUAUGUUUUUAAGUAAUUAACAAUUCAACAAUUCAAACAAAUCUGUCAUACUGACAGCAUCAUGUGUGAGCCAAAGAGAACACAUAUAUAUGCAUAUGCAUAAAAUACAUGUUGUGUAUGUCACAGCUGAAUCUCUGCAAUAAGGACAUUUUACAUUCCAUAUGGCAUUGCAUUCCAUUUAGUUUAAUUUAGUACAUCAAUGUAUGUUUUGUGCAUCAAUAAAAUGAAUUAAACAAUAA